AUGCAAAUGUGCGUAGAGCUGACCUACAUUCUGAACUUGCGAAUCUUCAAGAACCAAGACCAGAAUGAGCGCGCGAUGUCGGAGUUGAAUCAUCAACUACGGCUCCCCGACAACUUUACGUGGACGUACAAUCCUCGUGUUUUCCCAAAGCAGUUUAUGGCGAGCCCAAUCAUUCCGCUUGAAUCCGAGAUCGUUUCCCUGAAACACUGGAACAAACGUGGGAACAGCUUCCUCAACAUCCUCGCACCGCGGCAGCCGGAAUCAAACAGUCAUGCCGCCGCGUCCAAGACCGCGAUCCAGCAGACUGCCUUCUCCCAUGGCCGCGACUCGCACGCUUUCGGCGACUCCAUCGUUACUGUUGGCGCUGAAGUGGCGGGUACUUCUAGAUUACGUUUUUUUUUUCUGUGAUAUUUAUUUGUUUAGAUACUUACUUUAUUCAAAGAGAAAGUUCACCUCUUUUCAACCAUCAAUUCUGAAUCGCCAAGGUGCCUCGACUCGCAGUACGACGAUCACCGCGGAUGGGACCGACGCUGGUGUGUCGGAAGAUUUGCUGGAGAUCGGGGGCGAUGAAGUGGCUGCCUUCGAAGCUGGUGAUUCCAUCGCGACCACGGGGAAGCCGGCGUCGUUCAACGCGGUGCAGGCCAGUGAGCCAGUUUCUGCGGAGACGGCGCAGAAGUCAUUGUGA